AUGGCUGAAGCCCACAGAGCGGAGGGCAGGAAGAGGUGGAUUGUUUCACAGCGGAAUGACACUGAUCCAAGCAAACCGAGCACCGGCCCUCCUGACCGAGCUGCUGAGAGAAAACUGGCUGUUCCUUUCAGAGGUCACAUCACAGGUGGGAUGCGGCCGGGGAAGCAUGUUGUGGUGGUGGGCAUCGUGGACUCCAGUCCUGACAGGUUCUACAUCGCCCUGACAUGUGGCCGUGGGACGUCCAGGGAGCCUCCUCCUGAUGUGGCUCUGGAGCUGUGUGUUCGAUUCAGGGACCGACAGAUCCUGAGAAGAGCCUGCAUGUCUGGAUCGUGGGGGGACACUGACAGAGCCGUCCCCUACUUCCCCUUCAUCAGAGACCAGCCGUUCAAGAUCGAGAUUCACUGUGAACAAAGCAGAUUUCGUGUGUUUGUGGAUGGACAGCAGCUGUUUGACUUUCAUCACCGAGUGACGUCACUCAGCGACAUUGACACGUUGUGGAUCAAAGGUAGCAUCAGCAUCACUAAACUGGCUUGAAUAAAGAACUUAACUGCUGAAUGCUUACGAGACGCUGUUGAGGACAUGGCACAGCUUCAUGGCACACAAGCUGCCAGAAGUCACAAUGUCAGAACACCAUCUCUGUUCAUGUACACUCUGUUACAAUAUCACUUACAUGUCAAAUAAUUCAAAUUGGAUCGCCUGUCAAUAAUUGCAGGAUUUCUAGGUUCACAUCUAAGUUCACAGGAAGAGUUUCUUCAAUAUUUCAAUGAAAAUGCAAACCCAAAGUAGAAAUAAGAUGUGACAAAUGUGAAUACACUUGUGAUCACUAGCACACGAGUUAGAAAACCUGUGAUCACCAAACUGAGUACAGCUGUGAUUUUCUAUCAGUCUGACUGCAUGAACAUGUUUAUAAAAUGGUUCCUUUACACCAGAACUUUCUCAGUUGUGGACCUAGGGGCUCUAGGUAUUGGCUCCACAUUGAAAAGAAUUAAAAAACUGAAAACUAAAAAAUCUGAUUGUGAGUAUUCACAAAGAUGGAAAGAGACACAGGAAGAUCCAACUAAAACUACAUAUACA